CUUCCGCGCUUCCGCUCCUUCCUUCAGAUCCUUCAGCUAGCCUUUCUCUGUCUCUCCUCAUCCUCUGUUCUGACGCGCCUCGCCCUGCUCGAUCCUACUCUGCGCAUUCAUUGAUCGCCUUCCACUCGACCGUGCCGAGCUGAAAUGGGGGAGCCGCCGCCUCCGUCGCCAUCGGCGUCGGCGCCGGCACCGGCGAAGGUGUACUACGAGGGGUGCCCCGGCUGCGCCAUGGACAAGAAGAAGGAGAGCCGCAAGGGCGUUCCCUACAAGGAGCUGCUCUUCGUUGGCAUCACCACCUUUGCCUCGGCUCUGCCAAUAACAUCAUUGUUCCCGUUUUUGUACUUCAUGAUAAGAGACCUGCACGUUGCUCAAACAGAAGAAGACAUUGGAUUCUACGCUGGUUUUCUUGGUGCGUCAUAUAUGAUCGGCAGAGGUAUUGCGUCAGUCUUCUGGGGUAUGGUAGCUGACCGUAUUGGACGAAAGCCGGUGAUUGCAAUUUCAGUAUUUUCAGUCAUUGUCUUCAACACUUUGUUUGGACUGAGUGUCAAAUAUUGGAUGGCUAUUGCUACAAGGUUCCUUCUCGGUGCCAUGAAUGGAUUCCUUGCACCAGUAAAGGCCUACUCCAUUGAAGUUUGUCGACCUGACCAGCAAGCUCUGGGUAUAUCAAUUGUCAGCACAGCAUGGGGAAUGGGUGUUAUAAUUGGCCCAGCAAUUGGGGGAUACCUAGCACAGCCCGUCAAACAAUAUCCACAUUUGUUUCAUGAGAAGUCAGUGUUUGGAAGGUUCCCAUAUUUAUUACCAUGUUUAUGUAUCUCACUUUUUGCUACUUUGGUUUUCAUAAGCUGUGCAUGGCUCCCGGAGACCCUACAUAAGCACAAAGGCCUUGAGAGAGCAGUUGAAAUGGUAGAAGGUUCUACUAAUCAAGAAAGCACAGAACCACCUAAGAAGAGCUUACUCAAAAACUGGCCAUUGAUGUCAUCUAUUAUCACGUACUGUGUCUUCUCCCUCCAUGACACUGCAUAUGCUGAGAUAUUUUCUCUAUGGACCGUAAGUAAUAGAAAAUAUGGUGGGCUUAGCUUUUCAUCUAAAGAUGUGGGCCAAGUUCUUACAGUUGCAGGCGCCAGCCUUCUAGUAUAUCAACUCUUUGCGUAUCGUUGGGUUAAUAAAACUUUUGGACCUAUCUACUCAACCCAAAUUUCAUCAGCAUUGUCUAUACCAAUAAUUGCUGCUUAUCCCUUCAUGACACACUUAUCAGGAAUAAGACUCGGUGUGCCACUCUACAUUGCAGCAAUGCUAAAAAGUAUUUUCGCAAUAACAAGAGUUACCGGCACUUCUCUGCUACAAAACAAUGCUGUGCCACAAGAACAAAGGGGUGCUGCAAAUGGAAUAGCUACAACAGCAAUGUCUUUGUCGAAGGCUUUUGCUCCAGCUGGAGCAGGCAUUAUAUUCUCAUGGGCACAAAAGCGCCAGCAUGCCGCAUUUUUUCCAGGAGACCAUAUGAUGUUUCUGCUACUAAAUUUGACAGAGGUCAUGGGGCUCAUACUGACCUUCAAGCCUUUCCUGGCAGUUCCCCAACAGUACAAAUGAAGUAUAUAGAGUAGUGUGGUCGAACGAGAGAGAUGACAAUAGGAUGUCAUAGUGCAAGAAAAUGGCAUUAUCAUGGUGGCAAUGCAGAAGACUGAAACAGUCGCAUGUGCAAUAAUGCAAUUUAGUUUACAGUCUGUUGCUAGUGUUCUUUCUUCAAGUUGGUGCCCAUGGACUGUGUAAUAAAAAAAAACUAUUUAAUCGCUUGGGAAAUUGAUAUAUUGCACUGUUUGAA